AUGGUCUACUGGGAAGAUGAAGAGUAUGAUCUCAGUGAUAUGCAAAUGAAUGGAUCCAGAGCUGCAUCUUUCACACACUUUGAACUUGUGGGUUUUCCGGGUCUGCAGGACUACAAGGUGUUACUCUUCAUAGGAUUCUUCAUACUCCUGUUAAUUACGAUUACUGCAAAUUUUCUUAUUCUCUUCCUAGUGUCACUGGACCACAGGCUUCACACACCUAUGUACUUUUUCCUUUGUAAUUUAUCCCUUUUAGACAUGCUAAUGGCAAUAUCAAUUAUUCCCAAACUUCUUGCAGUUCUUUCUGGGUAUGAAACUACUAUUUUGGUUGCUACUUGCUUUGGACAAAUGUAUUUCAUAAUCUCUAUUGGUUCAGCAGAAAACUGCUUGGUGGCAGCGAUGGCAUAUGACAGAUAUGUUGCAGUUGUUAAGCCUUUACAUUAUAAUGUCAUAAUAAAUCUGAAAAAAUGCAUGGUCAUAAUGACCACCGUGUGGAUACUUGGGUUUCUAAUUCCAGCAGUUUCUAUUAUAUUAGCUUCAAAACUGCCAUACUGCGCUUCAAAUAAAAUCAUGCACUGUUUUUGUGACUAUCCAGCUGUACUUUCCCUGGCUUGUGCUGACAUUACUGAUCAUGCCAAUGGGGCUUUUGGUCUUGCAUUAUUUGUGAAUUAUGUACCCUUACUUUUUGUACUGUGGACAUAUAUCAGAAUUAUAGUUUCUGUUUUAAAACUUAAAACAACGGAGAGCCGAGCUAAAGCCUUUUCAAUGUGCUCUUCACAUGUGACCGUGGUGCUGAUGUAUUAUGUGUCUGCUUCAAUUGUGUACGCAGGGAUGAAAAUUGAUGGACUCUCAUAUGACGGACGUAUUUUUAUUGGAGGUUUGAAUUACUUUUUAAUGCCAAUGGUGAACCCUAUGAUUUAUAGCUUAAGAAAUGAAAAGAUGAAAGAUGCAGCAAAAAGAUAUAUUCAGCUCAAAGCUUUUUUUCCACAAAAUACCAAGAAUUCCAUUAGCAGUAUGGAAAGGGACUUACCUAAAAGUUAA